AUGGUUGUCACCUUCAACGCCACCAUCAGCGCAUGUGAGAAGGCCACAGCGUGGCAGGAGGCCCUGUGGCUUCUGUGGGAGCUGCCGCGAAGCCGGCUUCGAGCCAAUCUCAUUAGCUUCAACUCUGCCCUCAGCGCGGCAGCGGCCAAGGGCGCGUCGGCGGUGGAGGCAGUUCUGCUGUGUAUGGAGCGGCAGAGGCUUCAGAAGGACGUGAUCACUUUCAAUGCCGCCAUCCAUUCGUGCGAGAGCCGAUGGCAAAGAGCUUUCAUCUACCUGCAGAAGUUGCUGCAGCAGGACUUGCUGCCAACCGUGGUGACCUGCACUUCGACGGUGAAUGUGUGCGAAAAAGCUGACCUAUGGCGACAGGCGCUGCUGAUCAAGAAUCUGUCAAGCAGUUGGACUCUGCGCCCCAACGUCAUGACCUUCAACACGGCUCUGAGUGCCCUCAGCAAUUCCUGGAUUCGAGCGCACCUGCUCUUUGCACACCUGGCCACACGACAGAUGACGCCGACUACGAUCACCUGCAACGCGCUGCUCAGCAGCUGCGAGCGGGCGGGGCUUUGGCACAGGGCCCUUCGCCGGUUGCCGGAUUUGAUCUCCUUCAACUCGAGCAUCAGCAGCUGCAGCCGCUACGGCGCGUGGGCCGUGGGUUUGGCGCUUUUCGCGGCGUUGCAGCUGCGGUACCUGGAGCCGAACAUCGUGACCUGUGGCUCCAUCGCUGCCGCCUGUUCAGCCUGCAUUAUGUGGCAGCACGCUCUUCUUUUCAUCGCUGCCGCUGACGAGAAGCGUGUGCAGUUGAAUGUUGUGUCCUACAAUUCUGCCAUGUCGGCUUGCGAGAAAGGCGCGGAAUGGCAACAAGCCCUGGCCCUGUUUCACGACCUUUGUCGCCGCCAUCUUUCUCCAGACAUCACCACGUGCAACGCGGCCAUCAGCGCCUGCGACCAAGCCUCGCAGUGGCAAGCUGCGCUUCUUCUACUGGGAUUGGCGGAGGCCACCGUGCUGCAAGCCGACGUUUUCAGCUUCACCGCGGCGAUCGGAGCCUGCAGUCGAUCGAGGCAGUGGCAGAGAUCUCUGCUGCUUCUGGCAGAGGCGUUUUCCAGGUCAGUGCAGCCCAACGCCCUGACUUUGAGCGCCGCAGAUCCGGUGCCCUUUCCGCGGGGGCAGCACUGGCUGCUGCGGUGCUUGCAGGACACUCUGGCAAAAGAUCUCCAUGGCUGA